AUGAGGAGGACUGCGCUAAGGAACGUUACGAACGAGGAUGGAAGGAAAAAUGGUGGUGGUGUGAGAGAGGAGGAAAAGUAUGGGCGCGAUGAUGGCAAGCAGGUGGACACCUCAUGUGUGGAAGAUGAUAAGAGGGAUGAUAAAGGAAGGGAUCAGCUAUGUGGCACAGUGUGCGCAGCAAGUCGGGGAAUAUGCGCGGGGUCUGUGCCCAGUGAUGCGGCAAUUUGUGGGACCUUGACAAACUGCGGUCUCGGUGCGGACAGAAAUGGCAGGAAAGUUCUCUCAGAAAAGGACGAAAACACGCCUAAAACAAAAACAUGGAAGGAUGAACCGGUGAUUGAUCGGGAUGCUCUAACCGAUGAAGAGCGUUCCUUCCUCGAAAUCAUGGAGAUAGAUGCACAGAAGGACAUCACCAUGGAGCAUUUGUACGCAGAGCACUUUUUUGCAAGAUUUAAGGACCAGCAGGUGCCGGUCAACUACAAUUACAUGGUUUACCAGCAGGAUCUUACGUGGCGCAUGCGCACAAUACUGGUAGACUGGCUGAUAGACGUGCAUUGGCAGCUUAGCCUACAUCCAGAAACACUGUUUCUCACCGUUGAUCUCGUAGACCGCUUUCUUUCUGUGCGCACGGUCUCGAAGAAUAAAUUGCAGCUUGUGGGCGUAACAGCGCUCAUGGUGGCAGCGAAGUACGAGGAGGUGGACUGUCCGCAGUUCAGUACAUUCCGCAUGCUUAUAAACUGCGAUGCGUCCGAUUUGAUAAAUGCCGAGCGCUACUUUCUCAUGACACUCGAUUUCAACCUAAAUUACCUUUCGCCCCUCUGUUUCGUGCGCAGACUCUCUGUUGUGAACAACUAUGAGAUAAAGACGCGUAUCCUCGCAAAAUACAUUCUUGAGCUGAUGCUGCUCAGCGAGCAGUUCAUCGGCUAUAAUGCGCAUAUAAGGGCGACCGCAUCGUUUUAUACUGCCCGCAAGAUUUUAGAAAUGGACGGUUUUCAUAACUUGUUCUUCAUGCUGGCGCGUCUCGACAAAAAAGUGAUCAAGGGGUGUGUGAAUGACAUACUCGUGAUGCUGGCCAGGCCUGUAAAAUAUGAUAGCGUGAAGAGGAAGUAUGGAGUGGAGAGAAUGAUGAGGGUGAGCGUAUUUAUUGAGGAGUUCAGGGUGAAGCACUUGUCGAAAUAUUUGUGAGAUAGAUUAGUAAUAAGAAUAGCGAGGAAUGUUACGGAUCGGUUGCGUAUUGCGUUGGGACUGUUGAAGAGGGUCCUCCACGCUAACGUAAAUAAAACAUUCUAUUACACCAAUGAGGGUGUUCAGCGUGGUGGAGAUGACCUGCAAAUCGAUCGUUAAAUCGUGUGUAUUUGCGUAGGUAUUGCAUAUUAUUUCGUAUCUACGCUUUUACAUCGCUUUAAAUUCCUGCCACUCAUUGUUUUUGAUCCUCUUGAUCGUUAAUGUCUCAGAUACUUCAUUACACGCAUAAUAUUUCCUUUGUUCCAGCAAAUUCUGCGUAUCUCACAAUUACGCAUAAAGGGUAUUUAUGCAUUUAAUUAAAUCCAUGAUAUAGCAA